GGUCGCGAUUCGCGAACUCGCGGCCUGCCUAGUGCCUACCUGCGAUCGUAUCAAUGGAAAUGGUUAAACUCUGCGCGGCUUGCGCGGGCAGAUAAUCGCCAGUUAGUGUCUGACCGUGCGCGCGCGCACUUGUGUCAACUGUCAACAUGCUGAGUGUCUGCACGGGGCGCGCGGCGCGGGUGGGCGGCGCGCUGUUGGGGCUCGCGCUGGUCGGCGCGCUGGUUGCCGUGCUGGUGCUGCAGCCCUGGGCGCCGCCGCCACAGCAGCGAGUGCGCUACCAGAGUGCUGCGGUUGCUGCUAAUGGAUAUGAGUGUGCUAGUGUUGGCAGAUCGAUACUAGAGAAGAAUGGGUCGGCGGUGGACGCGGCUAUUGCGACGCUGUUCUGCGAGGGCAUCUCGUGCGCGCAGUGCAUGGGGCUGGGGGGCGGGUUCCUCGCCACCGUCUAUGAUGCCGGCACCAAGCAGGUCCGAGUACUAAACGCUCGCGAGCGGGCCCCCGGCCGCACCACGCGAGACAUGUUCAACAACGCCUCGUCCACCGUGGGAGGCCUAGCCAUCGCUGUGCCAGGCGAAUUACGAGGCUACGGGGAGCUACACAAGGCUUACGGUCGCCUGCCCUGGGCCGACCUGGUCAAGCCGACGGCAGAGCUGUGUCGGAAUGGGCAUCGGAUCACAGAGUACAUGGGACGGGUGUUGAAGACGCAUAGGGACCGCAUCAUGGCUGAGCCGUCUAUGAGUGAACUCUACGUGAACCCUCUCACGGGCGACACAUACAACGAGGCUGACCUGCUGAAGGAGCCCAAACUGGCGCAGACGCUGGACAUCAUCGCGACGGAGGGGCCGGACGCCAUGCACAACGGAUCACUCACUGCGGCGUUUGUUAGGGAUAUCGAGAGCUUUGGCGGCAUUGUCAGUGUGGAGGACAUGAAUAAUUUCAGACCAGAAUGGCAAGAGCCCAUCGAAGUGAAGCUAUCAGAGGGCAACACGCUAUACUCCGUCCCACUGCCGGGCUCUGGCUCAGUCCUGGCCUUCAUCCUCAACAUGCUGCAAGGCUGGGUGGGCGCCGGGACGGAGGCUGAGGUCUCAAGUGAUCUCUACUGGCAUCGGAUCAUAGAGACCUUCAAAUACGCGUACGCCAAGAGGACUGGUUUGGGCGAUGAGAACCGCCCCGCUGAUCCGGAGAUCCCUUAUAGCAUUACUGAGUUGGAGCGCAACCUGUCCUCCCCAUCCUGGGCGGCAUCAUACCGCUCCGCCGUCGAUGACGCCCGCACCUACAACGACUGGAAGCACUACGGGGCCCUGUUCGAGGGCGCCGACGACCACGGCACGGCGCAUGUCGUGGUCGUCGCGCCUGAUGGAAGCGUCGUGUCGGCUACCAGUACUAUUAAUUACAUCUGGGGCAGCAUCCGGCGCUCGACCUCCCUCGGCGUAAUGCUGAACAACGAGAUGGACGACUUCGCCAUCCCAAACCGCGCGUCAGCAUACGGCAUGCCGCCGUCGCCAGCCAAUAUGCUGGGACCCGGGCUGCAGCCGCUGAGCUCCAUGACCCCCAGCAUCGUAUUGGCUGCUGACGGGACGCCGGCGAUGGUGAUUGGUGCUGCGGGCGGCACGAAGAUUACUACGCAGGUUGCGCUGGCGGCGCGGCACGUGAUGGUGGAGAAGCAAGACUUCCCGGACGUGGUGCAGCGGCCGCGCCUGCACCACCAGCUGAUCCCCAUGAGGGUCGACUACGAGGAGGACUUCGAUCCGAAAACCAUAUCCUCACUUCAAGCGAAAGGACACGAGAUCAACUCGCUAUCACCGACGGCUGGGUUCGCGGCGGUGGUGGGCAUAGCGCGAGACAGCGACGGAUACCUGGUGCCACAGACUGACAAGCGAAGAGUUGGCAGCAUCGACGGAUUCUAAAAUACACUUUAGACCUCCUUUUAAUACAAACUAUUUAGAUACUGGCACCGAAACGUUCAAAUCGUUGCUUAUACAAACUCAACGUUGGAUCAAAUGCUGAGCGGAAUAUGUAAAUAUUGACAUUAGUUAUUCAACGUUUGUUCUAACGUUGGAUUUAGUAACAAUGUAGAAGGGUGACCAUCAUAAUGCGAAGCAGUAGGAUUUGAGUGGCGUGUAAAUCAAGUAUUAUUUAUUACAUAUUGCUUUAUGUAAGUAAUCCGGCAUUUCUUUCAUUAAUUUAUGAAAUACUUAAAUAACAGUAUGAAAUUCUUAACUAACUAUCUAUAACUAGGGUUUCACUUGUUUUGUUAAAUCUCACGUAGAGAAUCAGCUCUAGGUGUCCCAUCAAUCAUUAUUUGCAUUUGUUUUACUUUUUCAACAUCGUAUUCUGUAGAUAGGGUGAUUCAUAAAUAAUUUGUUUUUUAAUAUAAUAAUUUUAUAUGAAACAUUAUACCUAAUUUCUUAGUUUUACUUUACAAUAAUUUUAUAAGUUAGGUAAACUUACCUCAAGUCGUUAAUAAUUUAUUCAUAGUUACCAUGUUAUUUGCUGUGAUGUUUUGUGUUUUGUAAUAUAAUAAAAUAUUUGCAAAAUGAAAUGAAAA